CGUGGGCGGAGUUCUGGGAUGGGCGGGGCCGCUGGCGUGUGGGCGGGGUCCAGCGGGAGGGCGGGCCCAGGUGGGCGGAGCCGCCGCCGCGCUGUUCCGGGGUGGGCGGGGCCGCCGGGAAGAUGGCGGCGACCAAGCGCGUCCUGUACGUGGGCGGGCUGGCGGAGGAGGUGGACGAGAAGGUGCUUCACGCCGCUUUCAUCCCCUUCGGCGACAUCACCGACAUCCAGAUCCCGCUGGACUACGAGACGGAAAAGCACCGGGGAUUCGCCUUCGUUGAGUUCGAGCUGGCCGAGGAUGCCGCAGCAGCUAUUGACAACAUGAACGAAUCCGAGCUCUUUGGCAGGACAAUCCGCGUGAACUUGGCCAAACCCAUGCGAAUUAAGGAAGGAUCAUCCAGACCCGUCUGGUCGGAUGACGAAUGGCUGAAGAAGUUUUCGGGGAAGACUCUGGAGGAGAACACGGAGGAGACGGGAGAAAAGGCCCCCAAAGCAGAGGCGCAGGAGGGUGAACCUCCCGCCAAGAAAUCCCGGGUUAACCCUCAGGUUUACAUGGACAUCAAGAUCGGCAACAAACCUGCGGGGCGGCUGCAGAUCCUGCUGCGCUCGGACGUGGUGCCCAUGACCGCGGAGAAUUUCCGCUGCCUCUGCACCCACGAGAAAGGUUUUGGCUUCAAAGGGAGCAGCUUCCACCGCAUCAUCCCCCAGUUCAUGUGCCAGGGCGGCGACUUCACCAACCACAACGGCACCGGGGGCAAAUCCAUCUACGGGAAGAAGUUUGAUGAUGAGAACUUCAUUCUCAAACACACAGGGCCAGGGCUGUUAUCGAUGGCAAACUCUGGCCCCAACACCAACGGCUCCCAGUUCUUCAUCACCUGCGAUAAAACAGACUGGCUGGACGGGAAGCACGUGGUGUUCGGCGAGGUGACGGAGGGCAUGGACGUGGUGCGGCAGAUUGAGGCUCAGGGCACCAAAGACGGGAAAACGAAGCAGAAGGUCAUUAUCUCAGACUGCGGGGAGUGCUCGUGAGCCCGGCUUUGGAGGGGCUGCGGUGGGACAGCCCCACGCCCCCCGGCUCCUGUGGAAAUACCCCCGUGAAGUUUGGUGUGAACACCCUUGUGGGGUCUGACCCACCUGAGGAUAAAUCACUUCUCAGGCUGCGCCGUCCUGUGCUGGUUUGGGAAAGGCUUUGUAUUUGGUUCAAAAUAAAAUAUAGUUUGUAAAAAAA